AACAAAUAAUAAAUUUUCUUUCUCCGCCCCUAAAAUCCAUCUGUAAAUUGCAUAUUAAUGGAAAAUGGCUGAUGAAGUAUUAUUUGACUUUCUUCAUAUGGAAUUAGUUUCUUAUAUACACCAGUCUUGUUCGAAAGAAGAGAAUUCGAAGGAUAUCAGUAUUUCUAGAUUAGAAUCCAUCGGUUUCAGAGUUGGUCAGAGUUUGAUUGAAAGAUUCACCAAAGACAGUGCUAGAUUUAAAGAUGAAUUAGAUACUAUGAAAUUUAUAUGUAAAGAAUUUUGGAAUGCUAUUUAUAAAAAACAAGUUGAUAAUUUGAGAACAAAUCACCAGGGUGUUUAUGUUUUACAAGAUAACAGAUUCAAAUUUUUAACACAAAUAUCUAAUGGAAAACAAUAUAUGGAAUCAGCUCCAAAGUAUUUAGCCUUUCCCUGUGGUUUAUUAAGAGGGGCGUUAUCUAACCUAGGUGUUAAUUGUAUAGUCACUGCAGAAGUUAGCGCUAUGCCAGCCUGUAAGUUUCAAAUACAGAUUCAGAGAGCAUAAUAAGAAAAUUGAGUUUUAAAAAAAUGUGCAACUAUCAUCAAGGGAAUUGGGUUUGAAAAUGUGUUGUGACAGCCAAGAUAUGUAUUGAGCAAUUUUAUGAACAAUUUUGACAAUGCUGAUAGUGGAGGUUUACUUUUGUGACAUAAGAAACAUUAUUUGCUGUCAAAUAUUAACAUUUAAGAAAAAUAUUUUCUCCUAAUUUAUUUUGACAUUGUUCAUGAACUGUUCAUGUUCGUAAGUGAACAUUUUUGAUUACAAUGGUAUAUGCUUUUUUCUGUAUGCUAGAACAACAUUUUGUUGCAUUGUGUACUGUUCAUGUUUGUAAGUGAACAAAUAUCCUUUCUGGAGGUACUAAUUUUGUGUAUAUUGGUAUACACUUUUUUCUGUAUGCUUGAAUGACAUUUUGUUGCAUCAUUAAAUGAGGAAAUUUUUAUUUAGAAAGGGAAGAUGUGAAUUGUUAUUUUAUUUUAUUAAAUUAUGAGAUAGUAUUGUUAAAUUAUUUUGUACAGAUUUAGUAGGUUGUAUAUAUUGUAUUAUAAUAAACAAAUGUAAUGAAAUUU